AUGUUUCCGCUGCAGCACAUCGAAGGGCUCUACUCGCUGCCCGAUUACCUAACACUGCAGCAUCCCUUUCUCAAUCCUUACCUAUCCAACAUCUUCCUUCCUCUUCCGUUGAAAUUGCAUCAUGAACCGCGACCGGAGAAACCGCCGUACUCUUACAUCGCUCUGAUCGCGAUGGCCAUCGGUUCUUCGCCGAAGCAGAGACUCACGCUCAGUGGAAUCUACAGGUUCAUCAUGGAUAACUUUCCGUACUACAGGGAUAACAAACAGGGAUGGCAGAACUCGAUCAGACAUAAUCUCAGUCUGAACGAUUGCUUCGUGAAAGUGCCAAGGGAUAAAGUCGGUCCCGGCGGUCCGGAGCAAGCAGGUGGCAAGGGAAGCUAUUGGAUGCUGGACCCGAAAGCUGAUAACAUGUUCGAAAAAGGAAACUAUAGAAGAAGGAAGACCAGGAGGCAGAGGAUUGCCGAUUGUAGUGCUGCUCUGUAUCAUCAGGAGUCAGUGACGCUGAAGGAAUUGACAGCUUCCUUAAUGCCAUCGUUAUCAGCGCCAUCUCCGAGCAGCCAGUCAAUUAGCGAUCGGCCAAUGGAGGAGGCGUCGAUGAUGUCGUCGCGCGAAUCGUCGAUUGGUUCGAUGGUCGUUUCGUCGACGUCGCAGUGCAAAAGCAAAAAUUCGCGUCUGUUUACCAUUGAAAACCUAAUAAAAUCAGACGAUAAACUUGAUUAA